GGUAUUAGCUAUUAUUUUACAUUAAUAGUUGUUUAAAUUAUUUAAAACUGACUUAAUAAACUGUCUUUUAAAAUUUUAAGUUCUUAAUUUAACUCCUUUUGGAUAUUUGGUAUAUUUGGCAACUCUAGAAGAGAAAAUAGGCACGACCCCCUCUUCUGGUCUUUUAAGUAUAGUGACAGGAUUUAUCCACUUGCGAAUUGGUUUGCUAACCUGCCUUGUCAUAGAAAACAGUAGAAUAAAAAAGUAAAGUCAUGGUUUUAGGGCAUUCAUCCCUUCUUUACCACACAUACGCUGUCAAGUUGUUCAUCUUCUGUGGGCCGCUCACCUUAAAAUGGCAGUGAUGGUAAACACAUCCACCUCUCAGAUUCAUUGAAUUCCAGGGAGAUAAUAGAGAUGAAAACACUCCACACGUGUCAGGUAUUUAUAUUCUUAAAAUAACAAUACCCACAAAAUGGUCUUUCAUAUCCUUAAUUAACCUACAAAAAACUCAGUAUGUGCUCUGGGCAAGUAAGUAUUUAUAAAGUUAAUUUUAUUAUUUUGUAAUUUUGAUGUGCAGAAUUUCAUUCUUCCAUUUAUGCAUGUCCUGUGCUUUACAAAAGAAUGGAGCUUUUGCUUUAAUGUUUAAAAUAUCUUUUAUAGGUCUAAAUUUUUGGUGUUUCUGUCUUUUAAACUGUAAAAAUAAUGCUGCUUUCAGAUAUACCCUUAGUAUUUUUAUAAUGAUGCUUGAAUGCCUUCUAUUAAAUAAUUUAUUUAGACAUCAUCAAAUUCUUCAAGUAGCAAAAUUUUAUUGCAGGGGACAUUUUUAGAUUGGUGUUAAGAAUUUGAAAGUUAUUUUUAUUUAAACUGUCAUUAACAUAUCCUUUUGUUAUUAUACUUUAUUUGAUUUAAUUUUCUCUUUAUAAUCAUGAUUUCUGAAUGUUCGUCUUUAAAAUAUUCUGAGUUUACUGAUCUCUUGUGCCUUGUGCUCUCUACAAUAGAUAAUUCUAGAUUAUUCUGCCUUUUGACCAUUAUUCUUUUCAUGAUUACUUGUAUGAUCAAGAAUUAUUAACAGAUUUUUUCCUAUGUAUGAUCUCAGUCUACUAAUGAUCAUGAUACUUCUACACAUUUUAAGCUUUUUUAAGUGUUUUCAACAAUGACCUCUAAAACCAAAUGAUACUUUCUUCCUAACACCCCCCUAGUCUGCAGCAAAUCUAUAUUUAACUUCUCUUGCAUGCUUUUGAAAUCUAAAGAGUGCAGAGUUGUUGCUACAUUUCAGCCAUCCUUGCAGCCUUCUGAAAAAUAAAUUGGCAGGUGUUGCAGAUAGCAAAAGUGUAACUCUGAGAAGCCCCAGUUGUGCUAGUGUCCACAGUAUGGGUGUGAGUGCUUUCACCGGGAGCCUGUUGUUCUUUGGGUGGCUCCAGAUGUACCCUCCAAAAGGGGCCUAAGUUUGUCACUUCCAUAACAUUAAUAAACUAAAUAAAAUUUUGAUCAUUUGGUUUAUAAGCAGUAACCCUAAUACCCAUUCCGUCGGUAAGUUAGAUUUUAAAAAUAAAUAAAUGAACUUGGGAAAGAAGUGGGGAGUCAUUCAGCAUCACAAAUGCUAUUUAUCUAGGUAAUACUAUUUUGCUUUUUAUAUAUGCAUUUAUUUGGUCAUGUAAAUGUGCUUAGACCUAAUAAACAUACAUAGUUGGUGAAAAUUAAUGCAUGACUCGUAAGCAGAGUAUGGAAUGUAAGCAUGUGCCAUGAAACCGCAAUUCUUUUAUCCUGUAUUUUCCAUCAUCUACACACUGGUUCCGUUUAGAGGAUAGUCCAUUUUCACUUUUUUUUCAUAGAUUGGCCAAAAUGGGAAGGAUUGGAUUCCACUCUCUUCCACGAAGAGUCAAUGGGACUGGCUAAGAUCAAAGUCUGAGGCUUUUUCCAUCUGUAAUCAGUCCCUUUUUGCUUUCUUUUACGACCACAUGAAACUUGAGAAGCCACCUAAAGCUAUAUCAUUUAGUGGAGUUGGGCAGUUCCCAAGUGUCCAACAAGAAGGCCUGGUUUAGGCUGCGAUGGCCACUGUCAUUCCUGGUGAUUUGUCAGAAGUAAGAGAUACCCAGAAAGUCCCUUCAGGGAAACGUAAGCGUGGUGAAACCAAACCAAGAAAAAACUUUCCUUGCCAACUGUGUGACAAGGCCUUUAACAGUGUUGAGAAAUUAAAGGUUCACUCCUACUCUCACACAGGAGAGAGGCCCUACAAGUGCAUACAACAAGACUGCACCAAGGCCUUUGUUUCUAAGUACAAAUUACAAAGGCACAUGGCUACUCACUCUCCUGAGAAAACCCACAAGUGUAAUUAUUGUGAGAAAAUGUUUCACCGGAAAGAUCAUCUGAAGAAUCACCUCCAUACACACGACCCUAACAAAGAGACGUUUAAGUGCGAAGAAUGUGGCAAGAACUACAAUACCAAGCUUGGGUUUAAACGUCACUUGGCCUUGCAUGCCGCCACAAGUGGUGACCUCACCUGCAAGGUAUGUUUGCAAACUUUUGAAAGCACGGGAGUGCUUCUGGAGCACCUUAAAUCCCAUGCAGGCAAGUCGUCUGGUGGGGUUAAAGAAAAAAAGCACCAGUGCGAGCAUUGUGAUCGCCGAUUCUACACCCGAAAGGAUGUCCGGAGACACAUGGUGGUGCACACUGGAAGAAAGGACUUCCUCUGUCAGUAUUGUGCACAGAGAUUUGGACGCAAGGAUCACCUGACUCGACAUAUGAAGAAGAGUCACAAUCAAGAGCUUCUGAAGGUCAAAACAGAACCAGUGGAUUUCCUUGACCCAUUUACCUGCAAUGUGUCUGUGCCUAUAAAAGACGAGCUCCUUCCAGUGAUGUCCUUACCUUCCACUGAGCUGUUAUCAAAGCCAUUCACAAACACUUUGCAGUUAAAUCUCUACAACACUCCGUUUCAGUCCAUGCAGAGCUCGGGAUCUGCCCACCAAAUGAUCACAACUUUACCUUUGGGAAUGACAUGCCCAAUAGAUAUGGACACUGUUCAUCCCUCUCACCACCUUUCUUUCAAAUAUCCAUUCAGUUCUACCUCAUAUGCAAUUUCUAUUCCUGAAAAAGAACAGCCAUUAAAGGGGGAAAUUGAGAGUUAUCUGAUGGAGUUACAAGGUGGCGUGCCCUCUUCAUCCCAAGAUUCUCAAGCAUCGUCAUCAUCUAAGCUAGGGUUGGAUCCUCAGGUUGGGUCCCUAGAUGAUGGUGCAGGGGACCUCUCCCUAUCCAAAAGCUCUAUCUCCAUCAGUGACCCCCUAAACACACCAGCAUUGGAUUUUUCUCAGUUGUUUAAUUUCAUACCUUUAAAUGGUCCUCCCUAUAAUCCUAUAUCAGUGGGGAGCCUUGGAAUGAGCUAUUCCCAGGAAGAAGCACAUUCUUCUGUUUCCCAGCUCCCCCCACAAACACAGGAUCUUCAGGAUCCUGCAAACACUAUAGGGCUUGGGUCUCUGCACUCACUGUCAGCAGCUUUCACCAGCAGUUUGAGCACAAGCACCACCCUCCCACGUUUCCAUCAAGCUUUUCAGUAGGAUUCUGGGACAUGGAUUUAUUACAGAAAAACAUGUAUAGCCAUGCCCUAGAUGACCAUUUUUAUUUUAGUGCCUACUUUAAAACAGUAUAAAAAUUUCUGCUUUUGUAUAAUACAAAUUUUCAUUAAGCCAGUAUAAUAGAAACUAGUGUUUAAAACGAGCUUUGGAACCAUUUGUGUUCAGUUAUGUUUACCUGGGUAUUUUGUCCUGAUUCACUGCCAACUGUCAUAUUUUAAGAGGUUUUGUUUUCAUAUAGGAAAGCCAUUAUUAGUGGUAAACUUUUACAAAUCCCAUUUUCAAAUUACUUUUAGAUCUUAUAAUUUUCAUUUUUGUCUAACAACAAUGGCUCCACCUUUUGACAUCUGGCUCAUUAAAAAAUUUAGCAAUAGAAUGUAAAUUGUAUAAAAUGCAUGUGAAUAACUCAAGGUUUAAAAUUUUUUAGUAGCUUCUAAAUGCAUUAAUAAUCAAGUACUUCAAAUAAAUUAAGAGUCCAGUUUAGGGGAGAUAACAAAUGUUUCUUAGAUACACCAUAAUUUCAGAUCAGUAUAUUUUGAAGACUCGCUAUUGUCUGGCUAAAAUAUUUGCCGUCUUUAUUAUGAGCCUUUAAGGAAAACAACCCCUAAAUACAAAGCACCAGUAUUUACAUCAAAAAGAGACUCUUUAUAAGGUGACAUGGCAUUUCCUGUCAUUUAAUAGCUGGUCCUAAAUUAGUAUACAGGAAAUUUUUUGUGUUUCAUCCUUCUUAACAUGCCAUCUUUUCAUUUAAUAAUAUUAAUCGUGUAUGGCAUUGGAGUCUUCAGAGUCGGUAUCUCUUUCGUCUUUUCCAACUUUCCCAGCCAAGUGGUGGGUCAAGUGCAGCCAGCAGUUUUUUUGGAUUGUUGAUCCACCGUUAGUCCAUAAUCUAGGGCCAUUGUGGAACUGCAGCCAUGAGGUGUGUUCAUCCCAGAGUGGACUGACUCAGCCUCUGUGGGUGACAGAAUCCUAAGCAGGAAGACAGACGGGAAGCACAUGGUUACAUCUGGAAACUAUCUAGGGAUCAUGGCCCCUGUAGCCAGGAUUAAAAACUGGGCUUUUCAGAAGUAAAGUAAAAGCAUAUCGUUUGUAUCACUUCUUGCUGAAUUUGAUACAUUUUUCUUUCCCUUAAGAACCAAAAGCAGAAAACAGAAACAACAGUCCUACCCCCAAGUUAUCUUUCUGAUUCAAGGUGAAUCCAUCAUCUUUCCUUGUAAUUUUUUUAGAUGGAGAAUUUGAAGUUAAAUGCAUUAGAAAACUACCUGCGGAACUACCACAAAGUUUUAAGUGACUAGAAAUAUGUGCAGUUAAAUCCCACUUUCAGGCAUCUGUGGGCAACGGUAGGAGUGUUGCAAAUAAGUUGAAUUUGUAGAGGGGAACAGAGUAAAGUAGAACAAGACUAUCUUGGUUAACAUGCAAAUAAUAAUCAAGAACAUUAUAUUCACUGAAUAAUUAUUAUAGGCUUUCUUCACAUUAGACCACCAACAAAGUCUUCUUAAAGGUCUAAUUAUUGUAUUUUUCUAAGGGUCAGUUGGGACAUUAACCUAAGAAACAUAUCUAAUAAGCACUUGUUAACACCUUAUUUUGGGACCUUCUCCAUUGGGGGCAGGGCAAGGGUGGGAGGUUUAUAGAAGAGUAUAUAUCUCUUUAAAAAAACAGAAAGAAAGAAAAAUAUUUCUGAGCACUCAUCAGCCCUAUAUGGAAGCUUCUUUCCUUUUUGUAGGGCCAGUUAUUACUGCAGAUUGCAAUGUUUACCAAGAAUUUUUAAAAAUGAGCGCAGAUUACUGAAUAUAAUACGUUAUUUAAAAUAUUUGGGAGUAGUAUAAUUUGUGGAGAAAUGUAAAUUGUAAUAAUGUAAAUGGGGGCUUCAAUAUAUAUAUAUAAUACACACACACACAUAUCGCACUUCAUAGAAUCAAAGUUGCUCUCUUAAGGAGCUUUGGCUCCUGAUAUUUUAUCAUGCUCCUAUAUUUUUUUAAUCCUAGGAGCAGUAGUUUUUAUACUUAUGUAUUUAAAUUUUAUUAUGAAAAAUUACAUUUAUUAAAAAAAUGUGUUCCAAAGGCAUUAAAUUUAUAUAUGUUAAUAAGGAAGUACAUUUUUAAAUUUUUCAAAUUGCUCCUAGCUUUUGGUUAGGAGAAUAUUUGCUCUGAAAGUAGGCUCUUCGCUCUGCUUCAUUACUGCUUCCUUUAGUUUCUAUGAAACAGAUUGCUUACCUAAAUCUUUAGUUGAAUGAUUAGUGUUCAAUAUUGCUUUAAUCACCAUAUGAAAGGAAAAAAAUUGGUGACAGAGCACAAAUAGAAAACCUAUUUUUAAAUAGAAAUCACAUAUAGCAAGUAUGGAAGCACUACUUUUAUUCUGUUUAAAAUUUACUUAACAAGUCAUCAAAUUAGUGGACUGAGACAUUGGCCUUACUAGGCUGUAUUCACUGCUAACUUAAAAAAGGGAGUACCAGGAUUUAUUAAAUAAAGCAUUUUGGAAAUGGGGAAUAGCGCCAUAUAUGUAUGUAUGUAUGUAUAUACCUAAAUCUCGCCAUGCAUGGAAUUCAUAUACAUGGAGGCACAUCUUUCAGGGCACCAGUGUUAAAAUUGUGGAGUCUUAAUUUUCAAAUGUACACCUCUUUGCCUGUUGCCGCCCCCACAGACUUGAAAUAACACUUCAGAGUAAGAGAGAAUUCAGCAAAUUUGUUUUUUAAAUUGACUGUAGUGGUCACUAAACCCUUUUUGAGAGAAUUUCUAUUGAAGAUGAGGCAGACUUGCUUAUUUGAAUUGCACAAUGUUCUAAUAAGGCUGUAACACAGAAUUGGCUCCUUUUUUUUUCCUAGAAAAAGAUUGUUUAUUUCUAUGUCAACUAGAUAUGAUUAAAAGUAAGUAUUGCCAAUGCUGUUUUCAUUCUCCAGUGGCCAGAAUCAUUAUCCUAGAAAUUUCUGGUAGUGCCUUAGCUUGGUUAAAAAAAAAAAAAAAAAAAGGGAUUAACAUUAAAUAAAAGUAGCUUAGAAUUUGGACCUCAGACAAGAUAUUGAACCUCAUUCAGUUUCACUUCCACAUGUGUGUACAAAUUAGGUCACCAAACACGAAAGUGUGUGUGUGGAAGGAUCUUGGCACUGUAAGCAAUGCUAUCCAUUGAUGUAUACAAGUACUUUAUAGUUACUGAUCACUGUUAAAACUUUCAUUUUAAAAUCAUUACCAAGUUCAGUUUUUAAAAACUUCAGUUGUCCUGGCUGAUCAUGCAUCACUCUUCGUGCAACUUUUUAAUUUCAUUUAGUGUUCCUUUCAAGCUGUGUAUUUUGGCCUAUUUGUUGCUUGUGCUUUAUUUUUCUUAGCCAUUUGUGGAAUAUAGUGAUAUAUUGUGUUAAUUUGGACAGUAGCGGUUUUUAAAAACCAUAUACUGACUGAAACAUGAGCCAGAGCUGAUUGCUUUAUUAAGCUAAUAAUGAAUGUUAAAGAGUACAUAUUUUCAGGAUCAUUCAUCUAGUGAGCAAUACACAUAUUAUAGGCCAAUAUUUUUUUAAAAAAUAGAGCUUGGUCAACCUCUAUACUACACAUAUUACAAGAUAUAGCACUUUCAAAAUGAAUCUAAACCUUUACAGAAACUUUCUUAUAGGUUAUGCCUUUUAUUUUAAGACUUAUUAUAAUUUGUUUCAAGUGCCAUUAGAUGAUAUAUAUCUUAGGCCUUUGAUAUAUAAUGCUUUGUGUACAAAAAUGGUAGAUGGUAUUUUAAACAGGUACAUUUUUACAGUGUUUUCUUAUCAAUUUGCUAUAUUGCACAGAAUCAGUGUGUGUCUUUUCAUAAGGUUUUACAAUGGUUUAUUUUUUUACAAGGUUUACGUGUCUCAAAGCACACUGUCUUCCCAGUACGUAAGUUAAAAAAUACCAGUUCACUCAAGUUGCUUCUAGCCUACUGAGAUCCAUGUGACGUUGGAGGAGAUCUUUUAAAUGUCGAGUAUUCAUCAUUAGCAAUGGCUGACUGUUAGUUCUGGUAAAUGUGUGCCUAAGUUGAAUUUGUCUUGUUUUUUUCACACUGUCAGCAGCCAUGUCGACAGCACAGAUGGUCUGUUGUGAUCACAUAGAUCUACAUACGUUGUAUAGUUUUGUGCUAAAAACCCAUAGAGGGUUCCUUGGGGAUCAUGGAAGAGAAGAUUAUGCGACCAGCAUUGGUGAAGGCACACCCAGAUCACACUUAGGGCCUUUCUAUGGUGUCGUCAACCCUCUGAGGAUGGAAGGCAGUGUCUUUUUGAUGUUAUCUAGACUAGAAAUGACACAGAACUAUUGCUAAUGUGUAAAACACUUCAUUGUAUAAGCUUCAGUGGUACAGAUGAACCAGAAUGAAUGUUUUAUCUUCUCAGAAACACUCCUUCAAUAUUAUGUUGGAUCAUGCUGCUAAUGUAACUUGGGCUACAACUCUUCAUGGUGCUACAAACUUCUCUGUCUCAUUCAGUCAUAUUUUUUUAUCCAUAGAAAAAGGACUACAUUAGGUGUAAAAGUGUACAAUAUAUUUUUUUACUGUGACUUAAUUUGUCAUUAACAAACUUUUACACCACCACAAUGUAUUCAUGUGCACUUGCAAAAGGAGAUCUCGGACACGCAGAUGUUACCAGAACAAACCCAGCUUUUGUCCACAAGGUGACUGUAACUCAGAAUGGAAAGUGGGCUUUAUUAUAGGGUGUGGAGUGAAGAACAUGCUGUAUGUUACUAACAGCCCAUUGAAUUUAACAAAAACUGGGAAUCCAUUAGGAAACGGAUUGCAUCAUACCUGAACAUAAGCUGGACUGCUGAAAUUGUAUUUUUAGCUAAUGAAAAAGUGUUUGGACUAGUACUCUAAAAAUGUUCUAAUGAUAAAGUUUUGAGUCAAAAUAGAAAAGAAAAAAAUCUGCAUUCCAGGCUGAAUUUUGUAUAUUUUUAUUGCAUUUGAAAUUGCUAUUCUGUGAUAUUGGGAAAUCAAGUGGCUUAUCAUGUAUAUCAUGUACUUAAAAUGUAUUCACAAACUACUGUUGUAUUUGUAUAAAAUAUAGACAAAGAUCAUAUUUUUUGUGUGUGUAUAAGCUCUGUAAAAUAACAAUCACAUUAUGAAGCUGCAGUGAUACUACAUUUUAAACAUUCACAUCCAAAGAAGCAGGCUAUUUAUUGUCCAUAUACCCAGAUAUAAAAUAUUAAUUUGCUGCUAAUUAAACAAUAGUACUGCAGCUUCUUGUGGCCUACAGUGUUAUGUUUGCUGUAAGAAUAAGAUAUGUGAAUUCCACAAAAUAUAUGAAUAAAAUUAUAGAAUGGCUUUA